AUGGAAGAAGAAGACACCGAGAAGCUGUUCGAGCCCAACCCGUUUUCCUUCAUUUUUGGAGUCGGACAAGAAGAGGCCACUGUUGGUCGGGACUCGAAUGUUAAUCUGCGUCCGAAGACCGAAACCCUUACAAUACGCUCGGACUGGCCACACGGACGAUUUCUGUCUCCACUCUCCACGCCGUUUCCGCCCCCGUCUGAGAAGCGGCGCUCUCGGUCGUGUCUGGUGAAGUCGCAGAGACGAAUGCAUCCUCUUCCCCAAGACCCCCAGCAGAAGCACCAAGUGCAGACGAGCGGACAGCCCGCCUCUGCCAUACCAACCCACCUCCCACCUCCCACCUCCCGCCUUCAGACGCGGUCAGUUGCCGCAUCUCUAAGUGCAUGUAUGUAG